CGCGGACUCCGGAGCCUGCGGGUGGCGGGUCCCCGCGCUCACGCUCGGUCCUCGGCGCCUGUCGUGCCCGGGAGAUCUGGGACCUCCGGCGCCGGGCUUCCCGAGCUCGGUCCUGAGAACCCCACCCCGAGGGCAGCCUAGAUCGCUCGGGGAGGAAAGGCAUCGGCCGGGCCCCACGAGAUGACUUCCGGAGACCGCUCAUGGUGGUAGAAAUUUCUGAUCAGGAUCGUUAAAAUGAGUCUGCGGAAGCAAACACCCAGUGACUUCCUGAAGCAAAUCAUCGGACGACCAGUUGUGGUAAAAUUAAAUUCUGGAGUGGAUUACCGAGGGGUCCUGGCUUGCCUGGAUGGCUAUAUGAAUAUAGCCUUGGAGCAGACAGAGGAGUAUGUAAAUGGACAGCUGAAGAAUAAGUACGGGGAUGCAUUUAUCCGAGGAAACAACGUGUUGUACAUAAGUACACAGAAGAGGAGGAUGUGAAGACACCGAGAGUACCAUACUUUUCACACUCGGAUAUGUUUUUUAUUAAGUUUUUUGGUUCUUCUGUCAUAUAAUUUGUCCUAUUUUGUCAUAGUUGGUGAUUUUUCACUGACACGUGAGUGAGAUAAAUGUAUAAAUUGUGGAUUUAAUUGUAAAGAGUUCUUUCAUAUUUAAGUUGUAGUCAUUUUCUUUUACCUCUGUCAGUGAGCAGAAAGCAAAAAUAAUUUUCAAAAAAGAGAAAAUCUUUUUCUCCCUACAUGAUUUGUAACUGAAGUCUCAAACAACACCAUUUGAUUUGCCUGCUUUGCUUGUGGGACUGACUGAAAUGAUGGACGUGAGGACAAUUAAAACAUUUGUAGAGACGGC